AUGGGCUACGAGGCGAUACCCUUCCAGACUCUGCCCGGCACCUACAGUAACCCGACAAAGGCCCGAGGCAUGCUGGAGCUUGAGCCGGGAAGAGACGGCCGCUCUCCCGGGUCUCCGGCCGGCGUCUGGCGCCCCCCCCCCUCUGGACCGGGGGGGUCAUCCCGGUCUACACAAGCAACUACUGUCAUGCCAAGCUGGGAUGUAAGCUACCAUUCUACUGCGGCACACUCUCAAGCGGCAAUCCUCCAAGAUGGCUGCCGUACGCCAGCCGCAUGUGCGACCUGCCAGCAAGAUGGCGCCUGCUGCAGAGGCAGCCAUCAAAUGCCAUCUGACCACCACGGAAACCUGCCCCAGAGAAGCGUCGAAGGACCAAAGGGAAGCCUACAUCAUAUAAUUUGGUUUAAAAAGGAAUACCUCUGUACCUGGGGAGGACAUCAUCAUUCAAGGGGGGCCCACCUUAUACGCCCGGGAAACAACACCAAUGACUGCACCUAUAUCCAGGACUCUCCUGUGAGGUGCAACGCACCCAUCUGA